AUGAUGUCGACGUCGCCUCCUUCAUCACCUUUUGCCACUAAUUUGAACACAAUUGAUCGACCAAAUGAUUCAACGACUACAUCAGCACCAGACACUACGACAAAAUACGAAGCUGUCGACAAUUUCAAACAAGCAGAAGAAACUUUAUUAAAAAUUAUUCCGGUACUUGAUUGUAAACAGGCAGAUAAUCUCUUUGCAUUGGGUUUUGCAUUGGGGAAAAAAAACGAGUAUAUGAAAACACGCGCUCGACGUACACUGUAA